AUGGCGCCGAAACUCGAGCCGUACGACGGCUCGUACGAAUGCCUCGUGUGUGGCAAUUCAGUCCGCCACGCACCUGCGCUGAAGUGCACCAGCUGCUCCGCAAACCCGUACCACGUCACCUGCGCGGACAAGUGCAUCAAGUGGGCAACGACGUGCCCGCAGUGCGAGCAGCCUUCGGUGCAGCCAUGGCCAGGGAAGGCCCAGAUUCCGACCGAGCAUGUCGUCAAGUUGGAGCCCGCGGACGAACCGGCGGCUGCGCAUGCGGUGUCCGCGACGCGCGUGCAGCGCCAGGCCGACGAGACGGCGACCGAACGGAGGGUGCGGCCUCGCCGGGCUGCGGUCUUUUGUCUGGAGCCGGGUGCCCGUGUCCGCGCUAAGUUCAGAGAGGGCUGGGCGCUUGGUGUGAUCGAGAAGCGGAGCGAGCGCACGUGGAUGGUGAAGUAUGACGAUGGCGAGAGGAGAGAUGACGUAUCGGACUACUUGCUCAAGGAGCCAGCGCCAGCGCCAGUGGCUGAGGCACCGGCACCGGCACCGGCACCGGCACCUGUGCCGGUGCGGGUGCCGGCACCGAUGCCGGUCCAGUCCACGAGAGGGGCAGCGAUGAGCUCAGCAUCCACCGCGGUGAAGAUCGAGGGCAAGGAGCCGUUGCAGAGGUACCGAGGACGCCAUUGCUUCCGGCGCGACUAUGACAUCUCCCCAACUGUGGGAGGCAACAAGCAAAUGGCGCCGUUCGUCAAGGUGGCGGACUGGCCUGCAAAGGCUACGUCGAAGAUGCUGAAGGGGCGCGUCUACAUGGUCGAGGACGGAACGUGGAGUCCGGAACGGCCUGCUGCCGCUGGCGAGAACGGCAUGGUGCGCGAAUGGGGGGGCAAGAUGGAGGAAUUGGGACUAAAUGACCGCCUGGAUGGCCCAAACGCUGAGGUCUUCCCUCUCUUUUGCAAGCGUGAGCAGCAAGCGUGGGCAAGCGAGGCCUGGUACGAGUACUGCGGCGAGUACCGGUUGCUGCCGGGCGACCCCGAUGCGACCAUCUUCAAGGUUCCAGACACUCAGCAAAAGCAGGCGCUCAAAGCGAGGGGAGUGGAGGACACGUGGGUUGCCAAUGAGAUAAACUGGAAGCAGCGUACCGUGCAGUUUGUCAGCUACGAUGAGGAGCUCUACAAGGUCCUGCUUGAGAACAAGACGAAGCGCGGCGCACUACACGACGGGCUGCUCGACUAG